AUGUCUCAAUCUCACCUCUUUCAGCCUAUCCAACUCGGUCGCACAACUCUGCAGCAUCGUGUGGUGAUGCCCGCACUGACUCGCAACCGCGUCGACAAAGUCACCCGUGCCGUCGGCGACGAUGUCGCGGAGCAUUAUGCUCUGCGGGCAGCUGUGCCGGGCACUCUACUCAUCACCGAGGCCACCUUCAUCACUCCUAAAGACGCCGCAAUCGAAGCAUGGAAACAUACACCAGGUGUGUGGUCUCCCGAACAGACAGCCGGCUGGAAGAAGGUCGUCGACGCUGUGCACGCUCGCGGGUCGUUCAUAUACCUACAAAUUUGGGCUAUUGGCCGGGAGGCGAACCCAGAUAUCCUCGCUGAAGUGGAUCCCACCUUCCCGUACAUCUCCGCAUCUGGCGUCCCUGUUGAAGGUCACAGCAAAGCACCGCGCACGCUUACGCAUGAAGAGAUCAAGAAGUACGUACAAUUGCAUGUUCGGGCGGCAAGGGCGGCUAUAGACGAGGCGGGUUUCGACGGCGUCGAGCUUGACUUCGCCGGUGGGUAUCUCGUGGACGAGUUCCUCAAGGAGUUCACGAAUAAGCGCACGGACGAAUACGGUGGGAGUCCAGAGAAUCGCGCACGCUUUGCCUUGGAGAUUCUCGGUGCUGUUUCACACGGGAUCGGCGCGGACCGCGUUGGAGUGAAGCUCACGCCUUGGGAUACGACGCGUGCCAAAGGCUAUGAGAACGACAACCCCAUCCCUACUUUCACGUACUUCGUCUCAGAAGCUCGGCGCCUUCAUCCCGAGCUUGCAUACUUGCACGUUUCAGAGCCUCGCCUCGGUGCUCUAUUCGGGCGUACCGCCAAGAGCACCGAGUCGAAUGGCUUCAUUCGCGAGAUCUGGCGCGGCAAACCCUACAUCUCAAACGGUGGCUACGAGCGCGACGAGGCCAUUAAGCAAGCCGACGCUAACGAGAACGAACUGAUCGCAUUUGGCCGCCACUACACCUCCAACCCCGAUCUCCCUAUUCGACUCCAGUACAACAUUCCGCUGACGCCGUACGACUACAAGACAUUCUACGCAGAGCUCGAUCCCGCUGGUUACAACACGUUCAGGUUCGCGGAAGAGAGCAAGAAGAUACUUAUCGAGCGCGGUGUCUCCGUCGAUAACCUCUGA